CAGUCGGACGUUUCGCGAUGUUGUUGUGUUGUCAACAAAAGCCAAAAUCAGCUGAUUGAAUCUUCUUUAAGUGUUUCGUAGUGACUCAAAUUUGACGGCUUUGGACUCUCGAUAAUGUUCGAAUGACAAGAUGGGGACUUUUAAAGAUCCAGCGAGGCCUGUUACAGUUGAACUGCUCUUCACUCCCUCAAGGAACGGAAAAGAGGAUGUCAUUGAGUUUUUCGGAUUCGCGUCAGCCUCGUACGGAGACAACGACGACCCGUACCCGAGUCUGAGCGAUUACCACGACUACGAACCCAACCUCGAAUUCGACGACACCGAACUGCAGAGUGCCAGUUCUGUCACGGAUCUGCAGGAGCUGCUCCCAGCAGCUCCCGACUACCUGGAAUCGCCAGUGUCGGAUGGCACCAUCGAGGAAAACUUCGAGGAGGAACUUGGCAGCGCCCUGGGAGUGGAGGACGAGCAGGCCCUUCGACACAGAUUCACGGACGACAACAACUACGAUGACAUCCUUCAUAAUAUCGUCGAUAUCGUGGGCGACGAUACCUAUGGCCGGAAAGUCAUCGUUGUGUCGGCCUGCAAGUUGCCGAGCAAUAGUUUCAACCAUGAAAAAUUUCUCAAGUACCUGAUGUUCACCCUAGACCAGUACGUCGAGCAAGACUAUUCGCUGGUUUACUUCCACUACGGCCUGAACUCCAAGAACAAACCCCCAGUCAGUUGGUUGUGGUCCGCUUACAAAGCCCUUGAUCGGAAGUACAAGAAAAACCUGAAGGCAUUGUACCUCGUCCAUCCCACGAACUUCAUCCGAGUCGUGUACAAUAUUUUCAAGCCUGCCAUUAGCGCUAAGUUUGGGAGGAAAGUUUUAUACGUGAAUUACCUCCAUGAGCUUCAACAGCAUCUCCAUCUCAGCCAGUUGCCCAUUCCUCAGUGUGUCCAGCAACAUGACCAGCAACUCAUUGCCAAACUUAAAAGCCUGCCAAAGUCCCCUGGUGCUCGACCUAAGCUGCCAACACAGCAGUUUGGGGUGUCUUUGCAGUAUAUCAAGGACGCCAACAACAAUGACCCUAUUCCUCCUGUACUAAAAACAUGCAUUACUUUCCUUGACCAUCCAGAUGCACUGGAAACAGAAGGUCUGUUCAGAAGGUCAAGUGCAGCCGCUGUUGUAAAGAGUGUGCAGGAACGUUUCAACAAAGGAGAAGAUGUCCAGUUUGACAUAAACAUGGAUGUCCACACAGCAGCAGUCAUAAUCAAAACAUUUUUACGGGAACUGGAAGAACCUCUCAUGACCUUUGACCUCUAUGAUGAAAUUAUCCAGUUUCAGGGCCUGAAUAAAAGUGAACGUUUAGCCACCAUCAAGACCAUAUUGUUAGAAAAGUUGCCAGAAGAUAACUACCUCGUUCUGAAGUUCCUCGUCAACUUCUUGUCAAAGGUUAUGGACCGCAGUGACUUGAACAAAAUGAAUGCCAGCAAUCUCGCAGUAGUAUUUGGGCCAAAUCUUGUCUGGCCCAGAGGUGGGCAAAUGUCACUGAAUGCCAUCGCUCCUAUCAACCUCUUUGUCGAAGUUAUGUUAUCUUCUCAUCAUCAAAUAUUUGUCAUGUGAAACUGAAUAAUUUGUCAUUUAUUUUUUAUGAUUUCUCACCUUCAUCCUUAAAGUAUAGUUCUUUGAAAAAUGGUCAUGUAGAGUAAUAUUGAAAUAAAGGAAAAGGAUUCAUGUAUGGGAGUCUACAUAUACUAGAAGGUUUUGGCUUUAUGUGUUUGUGAUUCAUCACCAAAUUAGAUCUGAUAUAUGAUUGAUAUUGUAUGACCAGCUUUUUUCAGAGGCAUGGCAUUAGUUUCUUCAUGCUAAGUCGGAGCACAAUAUUCAACUUUUGCCAUAACUUUAUAGAAGUCAGUUGAACUGAUUUCAUAACACAAUUCAUGAUAUUCAUAUGGAGUUAAGUUUUAUACGAGCUUUUGUAUAGUGCACAGACAUUAGAUUCUUAGGUUAAUUUAAUGUGUGACGAGAAUUGCCUUAGCUAUGGCAGUUUGGAGAGGAAUAACUUCUUGCUUCAAGUUACGCAAGGAAGAGAAAAUGUAUUUAGUGGUGAUGAGGAUAUACUAGAGCUUCUUACCACCUGCCAUAGCCAAGAGGAUUAACUACCGUAAAUUAUGUAAUAAUAAUUCAAAUACAAAGAUUAUGAGUGUGAAUUAAUCAAAGAGGCACAAUCAUGUUUCAUUGGAAAAUAAUUAGAAUCCUUAUUUGUUUCUUAAUUCCGUAGGAAUGAGGAAUUUGAAAGAGUUCAAAAUACUACUGUUCAUGGAUUUGCACAUGCUCUCUAAAAGUUUUGGGUUGCUUUGAGAGGAAUUGAAUUAAAGAGGUGCUAUUUGUUUUCCACAGAAACAUGCAUUUAUUUUUAGUGAUAUAGCACCUGCAUAGUGGUACUGUAUGUCUGUCAGUAAUACGUGGCAUACUGGAAAAGUACAUGUGUAGUUUGAACUAUAUAUCUGUACUUUACAAGAAUAGUGUCAAACAUAUGAAAUGGUCAAAGGAAUUUUUGAUAAUGUCCAAGACCAAGUUUGUUUACCUGUCAUGGAGGUUUGCAGUAAACAACUCCAAUGAGCUUAAUCGUUACAUGGUUAUACUGUAUUGAGAUUUAACAAAGUUUACUACAAGAUUUAUUUAAUAUAACAAUAUUGUUAUAACACUCCAUGUACCAGUAAUGGUUGUUUGUGAUGACUGGGUUUUAUUUUUUGUUUAGCUGCAAAGGAAGUUUGGAUAUUAUUUUUCCUCCUGUGUUUACUAUCAAAAGUAAGGCUGGUGUUUCUUUGUAAGAUUUAGCAUAAAAGUGUAACUUUAUUUGUUUGUUUAACAGUAAAAUGAGGAUAAGUUUGUAUUAUAAAAAAAAUAGCACGAGAAUGGAAUGGCCAUAAUUGUUUUGUUAUUCAUCCAUUAUGCAACUUGUGACAAUUUUAGUUACCACGCAAGCUCACUUGGCCAUGUGCUGCAGGUUCGUUUCAUACUAUUUGCAUCCUGUAAAGUAUUAUUUUAAAGUAACUGGCCCAAGCUAUGUGAGUAUAAAGCUAUGCACCUACAAGUCAUAUUGUAUACAGAAGUUUUAUAAAACAUGAUGAACAGUCAUGUUUUACAUAUUAUGAACUGAAUAGGUAAUUAUGACCUAAUUCCCAAUAUUGUUACACAACAACUUUGAAUUGGCAAAUCUCUCGUUUUGCAACAUUUAUUUAUCAGAGUUGUAUAUUGCUCUUUAUUUUUGGAUUAUAAAAACAGUCAAAGUUAACAUAUUUUGGCAUUAUUUGAAGAAAUUAACUCCUUGAAAUGUUAGCUUCCAUUUGUGCCAUGGAAAUUAAUGCUGAAUUUAAUUACUGUAAAAAUAAUAUUUUUUUUUCAAAUUAUUUUGAGUAUCAACAGAGAUGUAUGUUCUGUGUUAUGCACAACUACUUGCAUUUGUUUACUGCAGUAACAAAGUACAAAUAAUAUUCUCAUUGAGAUGUACAGAACAUGGAAAAGUAUUGAACCAGUUUAGUAUAUAUUAUAUUAGUUCCACAGAAGACUACAUGUGUGAAACGGAUCUUAGUUCUUCCUGCAUAAUUAAGAAUUUAAUGUCUACUGAAAAAAAAAAAUUGGAUAUUUUUUUAGCUAUCAUCUUAAGACCAAGGUCUUUACAUUUUUGACGUUGAAAGACUGUAACUAAUGUUGCCACAAGUUUUCUGACAAAUGCUUACUCGUUAAUGAAUACGGCCAAAGAAUGAUCUACAGUGGGUCCAGAAGCAUUGACAUUCCUUACAUUAAGCUACAGAUUUUAUCUUCCCGUGUCUUGUGAUUUGUAAGGCUUUUUUGACAUUUAUCUAAAGUAGACCCAAAGCUCUGUUUUUCAGUAAAGUUAUAAAUAACAUUCACUGAGAUGCCAUCUCAAUUUUCUAAAAAUUAAACCAUAUACUAUAGACUGCAAUUUGUUGUAACACCUUUUAGGACUUCUUGAUAAUAUAGUUAUAUAGUAUCUUGUUUUGGAUAUGUGUAAGCUAAUCUGCUGUACAUAUUUUUAAUAUUGGGAGAACUUCAUUUCGCACACGGUACAGUCCAUUAUUAUACACAAGUACCCAGGCCCAAAGAGAAUGCAGUUAAUUAACUUUAGGUUUAAUAUAAAACAAUUAACUUUUGACAGGUUUAAGUUUUUGUUAUUAUUUUGAGUUUCUUUUCCAAAAGAAAAAUAUCAGUGAAAGCUGGAUCUGUCCAUUUUAUUUUUUUAAUCCUCCUAAAGAAACUGUGAAGAGCUUCAACUCUCUCUCUCUCUCUCUCUCUCUCUCUCUCUCUCUCUCUCUCUCUCUCUCUCUCU